CAUAUCAGUUCUCAAUUGAAGCAUCCAACAUGAAGUUGUCCCUUGUUCUCUUCGUCCUCUCGAUGGUUUUGUAUGUGGCUCAAGUCAGAGCUGCUGAUACCACCACAAGCACAGAAUCGAGCACCAGCACCACCACGGACAGCUCCACCACGGAAUCGACCACAGAGUCCACCACGUCGUCCCCUUCAUCUAGUUCCGGCACACACAAGAAAAUCGUGCGUCUUAGCAAUCUGAAGUACUCGAUCACCAGGAAAAUCAGAGUUGGAGCCACCACCAGUUCCUCGACCAGAUCCAAAAGCUCCCGCGCCAAGUCCCGCAAGGCCCGCCUAAAUGCGGCUAAGCGAUCCAAGAAGGCCGCCAACCGAAAACUCAACAAGAAGUCCAGGAACCGCAAUGUACGCGUGGUCCGCGGUUAAGGUAGCCCCAAUUAUAUUUUUAAUAAUAAAUGGUUGAAACUU